GAUAAGAAAGCCCCGAUUCAUUCAGUUUGCUUUGGGAAGCUACAAUCACUUUGCAACAUCAAACAUUACAACCAGAGGCGUCUUGACAAUGGCAAAAAUAAAUAAAUCUAAACGCAGCAAAAUGGAUGAUCAGGCCAAACAACUGAUGUCUGACCAGCGAUGUCUGAUGAUUGAAUACAAUCAACCACUAUCAUUGCCAUAUGUAUCCCCAGUCGUCACCAUCACGAUAGGACACAAAAAUUAAGUUAUUCCAGCACAAGAAAGCUAGCAGUAUUCGAGACAUCUUUCAACCAAACACUCCAGAUUCUUAGCGCCACAAGUAGCUAAUGUCUCCGCCGCAGGCACAAUCAACCGAGAUAUAUCUUGAAUAACUCUUGAUUCAUUUUUACUCUGUAGCUUUUGGCAAGCCUUCCGGAAUCGGUCAUUCUGAAAUAUCGUGCCUUCGGGAAUCGUUUGUUUCUCAUCAAGUAGCAUUUUGCAAAUCUCUUUGCUUCUUUCCGUUACUUCAAGUUCAGAUUCAGCCAUAAAGCUGCCUUUGGUGGCAAGGAAGGUCUCAUAAGUAGCGCUUCUGUAUUUGGCGCUCUUUCCAUCUCUCGAUUCUUGAUCGCCUGUAGCAGGACUCGAAUUUGAGUUCUUGCGGCAAAGAGAAGCUGUUGACUUUUGAGUAUUUCCAAUCGGGUCUCCUCAACCCCUGUGAACUCACCAACAAGGCGCUUAAGUUGGAUUUUGGACAUAGUACAAGGUCACAUUAUUGGCUCAGACUCCAGAUGUUGCUCGCCGACACCCCGGAGACUUCACAGCAAUCGCCAGCAUCGAGAUGCUGCGCCGCAUUACAAUGUUUCAACAGAUCACACCCCAUAAUGGCCGAUUCGCUCUCAAUCAAUUCUCCCGCAGCCCGGAUCAAGUUUAGGAUUUUUGUCAGCGCUACUAUGAUGGCAGAUGACUCCUGUUCCAGCAAGCACCCAUACUUGGAUAUUUUUAAUUCUCUGUUACGGGCGGUUACGUCCUUUCAGAAGACCCGAAUGGAAUAUUUAAGGCCGCAGAUUCCUUUGAGAAUGGAAAGAAAGAACAGUCUCCAACAUCAAGCCUCUGCUUUGUCCUUUGCUAUAUCUACCUCCACUGCCUUUAACUCACGCGCCUUCUCGACAACUCUAGUUGUCUAAUUGCUAGUUCGUUUUCAUUCAGAAUGGCCCCUUGAAACGUUUCUCUUAUCGCGUACCGCAACACGGCAAGCCAACGUGCCCAUUUUGCGAUUUUUGUACCUACUGCUUCCGAUCAGGAUCGCGGAACCAUGAUCCACAUUGUUGGCGCCCCGAUGGCCGGCUACCGGCUGGAGUUUAAGCGGAACUAUGCGAUCAACUUAACCCUGCAGCUAUAUACCAGACUUGCGAUCAGGCAAAUCAACUCUCAACACAUUGUUCCAGAUUCGGAUCCUCAGGCCCCGCUGGUCACAGACUCCUCCCCCAAGUGUGCAAUUGAAGUUGCAGCGACGCAGAUUCCUCCAUCAGCAAUUAGCCAAAACUUCCUGGCUCCUGUCAAUGAUACCACCAACAGAAGGUGCCAAGAAUGGACAAUGGACUAUGUACACCAUCUAGUCCAUCAUCAAUAUCUCAAUGAAAAUGCGAUCCAGAUUGUUCAGUCUGCACGCGAUCCUCCAAAUCACGGUGUUGGCUUGAACCCGGUUGGCGGCGGGCGUGGUCGAGGCAGGGGUCAGUGAACUCAGAAUUUGCGCAUAAUUGAAUGUGAAAUGAAAUGCCAUAAUUGUUACUGUUGAUUGUGAUACUGGGCUGGCCCUGUUUGAAUUUGAAUCAUGUUGCUUAUUUUUGUUUUCUGAUAUGAGCUACUGCGGAGUUUCAACUGGUCAACGAGGCCCUUAUUAGUAAAUCCCAUUUUUCAUUUUGAUUUCUGGCAUUUAGCAAUUGUUUCUCUGGUCAAUCAUCAGUACAGGGUGAAGCACACUCGAGUACAUAGCUUAUGAAGGAUAUUGGAAAGAAAAGCUCGGUAAAUGAUCAUGACAAAUGUAAUUUAGAAGGCUAAGUACAACAUCAAUACUUACACUGCUCCAAUCUGCAGCACAUAUUCACCAAAAGCAGCAAACUCAGGCUCGUACGCAGUUAAGAAUUUGGGAAUCCAAACAUUGCGCCAUUCC